AUGGGAAAGAACCAGUCCAAGCUCAGCCCCGAGCAGCUCUCGGAUUUGCAGAAGAGCACCUACUUUGACCGCAAGGAGCUGCAGCAAUGGUACAAGGGUUUCCUCAAAGACUGCCCCUCGGGCACCCUCGACAAGCAGGAGUUCUGCAGGAUCUACAAGCAGUUCUUCCCGUUCGGCGACCCAUCGACGUUUGCCGAGUUUGUCUUCAACGUCUUUGACGAGAACAAGAACGGCACCAUCGACUUCAAGGAGUUCAUCUGUGCGCUCAGCGUCACCUCUCGCGGAAGGCUCGACGAGAAGCUGCGAUGGGCUUUCCAGCUAUACGACAUCGAUGGCAACGGCGUCAUCUCGUUCGAUGAGAUGCUGACCAUCGUCAAGUCGAUCUACAAGAUGACCGGCCAAAUGGUCAAGUUGCCCGAGGACGAGGACACUCCGGAGAAGCGAGUGGACAAGAUCUUCCGGAUGAUGGACAAGGACAAGAACGCCCAGCUCUCUUUCGAAGAGUUCCAGGAAGGCAGCAAGCAGGACCCGACAAUUGUACAGGCGCUGUCGCUCUACGACGGCCUCGUCUAG